GCUGCCGCCGGUGCUCUCGCUGUGCCGCCCGCCCGCCGCUCGGCCGACUCGCCCCGCUGAGCUCACCCCACUCCUGCAGACAUGUCCGAGACCAUUCCCGGCCCCGAGUACGCCGCCUUUUUUGGCAUCAUGGGCGCUACGGCCGCCAUGAUCUUCAGCGCCCUGGGCGCCGCCUAUGGCACUGCCAAGAGUGGCACGGGCAUCGCAGCCAUGUCGGUCAUGCGGCCGGAGCUGAUCAUGAAGUCCAUCAUCCCUGUGGUCAUGGCAGGCAUCAUCGCCAUCUAUGGCCUGGUGGUGGCUGUCCUCAUCGCCAACUCCCUGAAUGAGAAGAUCACCCUGUACAAGAGUUUCCUGCAGCUGGGCGCCGGCCUGAGUGUGGGCCUGAGCGGGCUGGCGGCUGGCUUUGCCAUCGGGAUCGUGGGGGACGCCGGUGUGCGCGGCACAGCCCAGCAGCCCCGGCUCUUUGUGGGCAUGAUCCUGAUCCUCAUCUUCGCUGAGGUGCUGGGCCUCUACGGGCUCAUCGUGGCCCUCAUCCUGUCUACCAAGUAGCCCCUCACCGCGCCCAGCCGCCUCCGAAUCCGAUGUAAAGACCACCCCUUCUCAUUCCAGAAUGAACAGCCUGACACACGCCGGGGCCGCUGACCCCUCAGUAGCUGGUCUUGUAAAUGCGCAGUGUCUUAGUGCCCAUUGUCUGUGCCCGCCUUGCCCCGUGCCGUGGACGUCGGGGCCCACUCCUCCCUCUGCCCCAGUGAGGCGCAGCCCCAGAGUGCUCUGUGUAUCAGGUUGACUAGACACGUCAUUUUCUCUUCACUGGAUGUUUUAUUUAUAAAGAUUUGACCUGUU